AUGUCUUCCGAAUCACAAUCGAGCAGCAGUGGGCCGUCGUCCAGUGGAUCAAAAAUGAAGGAUUUCAAUCAGAGGUUCCGUGAUCUUCACAAACUCCGCCAAAGAGCGAGAAAAGAGAAUCACGAACAGGUCGUUGAAGAAGAUCGUCGCAGCAAACUUCCAAAAAACCACGAAGCAAAAAAGGAAAGAGAUCAAUGGCAGGUUAAAGAGCUACAAGAUCGAAAAGCUGCAGAAGACAAGGGAUUGGACUAUGAACGUGUUCGCAGUUUAGAGAUGUCUGCAGAUGUUACUGAGAAGCUUGAGCAAAAAAGAAAGAGAAAGAAGAACCCAGAUCAAGGAUUUACUUCUUACGAAGAUAUGACUCUUCGUCAACAUACUCGCCUGACUGCUGCUCUUGAUCCAGAUCUUGAUUCUUACAAAAAGAUGAGAGAAUGCGUUGGAGGGGAACAGUUUUACCCAACUGCUGACACACUUAUUCAUGGAAAUCACUAUCCGACAACUGCUGCAAUGGAUAAGCUCACUAAAGAUGUUCACGGCCAAGUUAAAAGACGAGAACAAUAUCAUCGUCGUAGACUUUAUGAUCCUGACGCGCCAAUUGAUUACAUCAAUGAGAAAAACAAGAAAUUCAAUAAGAAACUGGACAAGUACUAUGGAAAGUACACAGAAGAUAUCAAAGACGAUUUGGAACGUGGAACAGCUAUCUGAAACCGAGGAUCGCUUUUUUAUUUUCUUUUUCAGACAUUUUUUCAACUUUUUUUCUUCUUUUGUUUUGUUCUUCAUCUUCCCAUUCCAUACUAUUUUCUCUCUUCUAUUCGAUAAUCUUUGUACCUACAAAACUCAAAUAAUAAAUAAAAAUUAUUU